AAAUUAAUUGUCUUUCUGUCUUUGUGAUGUAGGUAACAUAAUCCAUGGGUAAAGUUGGGAAAAUGUGGAACAGCUUCAAGUACAGAUGCCAAAGUCUCUUUAAUCCUGAAGGUGGAAAUAGAAAUGAAAAUGUAGACAUAAAUUCCAAUAGUGCAUCUGUUAGAGAUAAAAGUGUUUGCGUGCCUGGUCCAACUCAGCAGCAACCUAGCAGUCCUUUGCAACUUAAUCUAAAUAUUUCAAAAGGCUUUUCGAGGAAGAAUCAAAACUGUGCCACAGAAAUCCCUCAGAUUGUUGAAAUAAGCAUUGAGAAGGAGAUUGACUUGAAUGCUGCCUCGGGAGCUAAAUUUGCACGAAGGGAUUCUUACUCAAGGCAUGCUCCAUGGGGUGGGAAAAAGAAACAUUCCUGCUCUACAAAAACCCAGAGCUCUUUGGAAAGUGAUAAAAGAUUUGGCUGUUCUCACUUGCAAAGGAGGGAAAGAAGAUACGGUGUGAGCUCAGUUAACGAUACCGAUAGCAUCUCUAGCAGAACCAUAGGAAAUCGUUCUCUGAGGCAAAGAUUGCAAGAAACUGUAGGCUUAUGUUUCCCUAUGAGAACAUACUGCAAACAAUCUAAGCCUCUUUUUUCCAACAAAAGGAAGAUCCAUCUUUCUGAACUAAUGUUAGAAAAAUGUCCUUUUCCUGCUGGGUCAGAUCUGGCCCAAAAGUGGCAUUUAAUUAAGCAGCACACAGCUCCAGUGAGCCCACAUUCUGCUAUUUUUGAUGCAUUUGACUCCUCCUUGGCUUCUACAGAAGAUGAGGAAGACAGGCUGAGAGAGAGACGAAGGCUCAGUAUAGAAGAAGGGGUGGACCCUCCUCCCAACGCUCAGAUACAUACUUUUGAAGCUACUGCACAGGUUAAUCCAUUAUAUAAAUUAGGGCCAAAGCUGCCCCCUGGCAUGUCUGAACUGAUGGGAGACUGCAAUUCAACAACGCAAGGAAGUUGUGAUUUGGAGGAAGACACAACUACUCUCUGCUUGCAGUCACGUAGACAAAAGCAGCGCCAAAUAUCUGGUGAGAGCCAUAGCCACAUCAACAGACAAGGAGCUUGGAAAGUACAUACUCAGAUUGAUUAUAUUCACUGCCUAGUGCCAGACUUACUUCAGAUUACCAGUAAUCCAUGCUACUGGGGUGUGAUGGACCGUUAUGAAGCAGAAGCACUUCUAGAAGGAAAACCUGAAGGCACUUUUUUGCUCAGGGACUCUGCUCAAGAAGACUACCUCUUCUCAGUGAGUUUCCGCCGUUAUAACCGGUCUUUACAUGCACGCAUCGAGCAAUGGAAUCACAACUUCAGUUUUGAUGCUCAUGAUCCCUGUGUGUUUCACUCCUCUACUGUAACAGGGCUUCUGGAACACUACAAAGAUCCUAUUUCUUGCAUGUUUUUUGAACCGCUACUUACAGUUUCUCUAAAUAGGACUUUUCCUUUCAGCUUGCAAUAUAUCUGCCGGGCAGUAAUUUGCAGGUACACUUCAUAUGAUGGGAUUGAUUGUCUUCCUUUGCCAACAAUGUUGCAGGACUUUCUGAAGGAAUAUCAUUAUAAGCAAAAAGUUAGAGUACGAUGGUUGGAGCGGGAACCAAUUAAGGCAAAGUGAAUAGAGUUCAGAAUCCCUAGUAAACUCACAUUGUGAUUUUUUGUGUAUUUGUUACAGUAUACCACGGUAAGCACAUCAGUGUUCAGCUUUUAAUGUACUUUGAGCUUAUUGUGUUUAUGAUGCUGCCUCCAGUUAGUUGUGAAUACCUCUUGAAACAUGAACAGAACACAAAGUCACAUUUUUCAUCCAUUAUAAUUUGUCACUUACAAAAUAUGUCUACUUUCUAUUAUAAUAUUAAUAUAAGAAAGCUAUUGGGCAUUAACUUUUAAAUUCUAUUCAGUUUCAUAAUUUACAAUAAAGUAGCUUGCUAGCUUUUUUCUUCUUGAUUAAUAUGAGCACUUAGAUACCAAAAAUUGAUUCAGUAUAACUGCAUUGUCAACAAAAAAGUACUACUUUUCACAGUUCACUAUCUCCUAUGCCACUUUUUAUAUCAAAACUGUUUUAAGAGGAAAAAUCAUCAGUAACAGGGGAAAUCAUAUAACAUGUCAUUUCUGUAUUUUUAAGUCACGUGCAUUAAGACGUUCUAUACCAAUAGUUGGUUCCAGGAUUGCCUCCAAAUUAAAAUAUUUUAAUAGAUUAAUCAUGUGGGAAUAAUUAGAUAAUUAAAUUUGUCAAAAAAGAA